AUGGGUGCAGACAUAGAUAUUGGUGAAGCAAUAGAUAUUGGAACAAUAGUGUUCAAGACUACCAUCAAUUUAUUAUCAAACACUAUUUUCUCUGUAGAUUUGAUUCAAUCUAAUGGUGCAGCUGGAGAGUUUAAGGAUUUGGCGACCGAUAUUACCAAACUUGCAGGAACACCAAAUGUGGCAGAUUUUUUUCCUGUAUUGAAUAUGCUUGAUCCACAAGGCCUAAAAAGAAGACAAACAAAAAAUGUAAGAAAAGUGUUAGACAUCUUUGAAGACUUGAUUAAUCAACGUUUGAAGAUGAGGGAAGGCACAUGUGUAGACACAUGCAAAGACAUGUUAGAUGCCAUGCUCAACAUUUCUAAGUUGAAUGAGUUUAUGGACAAAAAUAUGAUACACCAUCUAUCACUUGAUAUAUUUGUUGCCGGAACAGAUACAACAACAUCAACAUUAGAAUGGGCAAUGGCGGAGCUUAUCAACAAUCCUGAAGCUAUGCGAAAAGCUAAGAAAGAGUUGGAAGAAACGAUUGGGUGCGGUGUGCCACUUGAAGAGUCAAAUAUCUCUAAUCUCCCAUACUUACAUGCAAUAAUAAAAGAGACACUUAGAAAGCAUCCACCAGUUCCAUUUUUACUACCAAGAAAAGCUGAGAGAGAUGUUGAGAUAUGUGGCUACACUAUUCCAAAAGAUGCACAAGUGCUAGUUAAUAUGUGGACAAUUUGUAAGGAUCCAACAUUGUGGGAGAAUCCAACUUUGUUCUCUCCAGAAAGGUUUAUGGGAUCGGAUAUUGAUGUGAAAGGAAGGAAUUAUGAGGUUGCUCCAUUUGGUGGUGGGAGGAGAAUUUGUCCAGGUUUGCAAUUGGCUAAUAGGAUGUUAAUGUUAAUGUUGGGUUCACUGAUUAACUCAUUUGAUUGGGAGCUUGAAGGUGGCAUGAAACCAGAAGAUAUGAACAUGGAUGAUAAAUUUGGGAUUACUCUACAAAAGGCUCAACCACUUCGAAUUGUUCCUCUCAAACUAAGUAACUAA